AAAUGAUUAUCAAAUAUUUUCCAAGUAAAAAAAUUGCUUUACCGUUGAUUAAAAUCAGCAAAGAACCUUGUUUCCCAAAAAAUAAAAUAAAAAAUCAGUGAAGAAACAAAACACGCGCCAGAUGGGGAUCAGUUGGGGCAAAAUCAAAGUUUCAUAUGAAUUUCAAAGCUCAUAAGAUCUCAAAUCUUCCAUUCUGGUUUCUCUAAUCAGAAAAGCCAUGGUGGAAUCAAAAUUUCCAAGAAAACAUCUCCUUUUAUUAGCAUAUCAGAGUUUCGGGAUCGUCUUCGGUGACUUGAGCACUUCCCCUCUUUAUGUUUAUAAGAGUAUAUUUUCUGGGAGGUUAAUCCAUUAUUCAAAUGAGGACACUGUUUUUGGAGCUUUUUCGUUAAUUUUUUGGACUUUGACAUUUUUUUCUCUGUUUAAAUAUGCUAUUUUAAUGCUAUUUGUGGAUGACAAUGGUGAAGGGGGGAUUUUUGCUUUGUAUUCACUUCUUUGCCGGCAUGCGAAAUUUUGUAUGCUUCCUAACCAACAGGCAGCAGAUGAGGAGCUAUCUGCUUAUCAUAUUGAGGGGCAAGGUAAUCGAAGUUUGACGACUUCUCUGUCGAGGAAAUUUGUGGAGAAACGAAAGAAGAAAACUACUUUACUUCUCGUUGUUUUGCUUGGUGCUAGUAUGGUCAUUGCAAUUGGUGUCCUCACGCCUGCGAUUUCUGUCCUUUCAUCCAUUGAAGGGUUACAACUUCAAGCCAGGAAUCACGGGAUGGUGGCUCUCCUUGCCUGCAUUGUAUUGAUUGGCCUUUUUGUUCUGCAAUACUGCGGAACGCAUAGGGUUGCCUUCAUGUUUGCUCCCAUUGUGAUUGUAUGGUUACUGCUGAUUGCCAUCAUUGGGAUCUACAAUAUUAUUUACUGGAAUACAAGAGUAUACAAAGCUCUUUCUCCAUUUUAUAUUAUCAAGUUCUUCAAGGACACUGGAAAAGAUGGUUGGAUGUCUCUCGGAGGGUUGCUUUUAUGUAUAACUGGAACUGAAGUUUUACAUGCAGAACUUGGCCAGUUCUCAGCUUCAUCAUUAAGGGUUGCAUUUUCUCUUUUUGUGUACCCAUGUUUGGUGCUGCAAUACAUGGGGCAAACUGCAUUUCUUUCUAGAAAUCUUUCUGCAGUAUCCAUCAGUUUCUUUUCAUCAAUUCCAGAUUUAUUAUUCUGGCCAGUUCUUGUGAUGGCAAUUUUAGCUACAAUUGUUACCAGUCAAGCUGUAAUCUGUGCCACAUUUUCGAUUGUCAAACAAUGCCAAUCAUACGGAUGUUUCCCUCGGAUCAAGAUUGUACACAAGCCAAAUUGGCUUGAUCGCCAGAUCUACAUCCCAGAGAUAAAUUGGAUUCUUAUGAUACUCUGUCUGGCUGUCACAGUUGGCUUUCAAGACAUUAAUCGUAUAGGAAAUGCUUAUGGGAUUGCUUUCAUGACUUUGAUAUUUGUGACUACGUGUUUGAUGUCAUUGGUCAUCAAGUUUGUGUGGCAUAAGAGUGUUGCUGUUGCCCUUUCGUGCUUCUUAUUCUUUGGAACAAUCGAGAUUAUCUUUCUAUCGGCUUCUAUUAUGAGAAUUCCCAAGGGUGGGUGGGUUCCUCUUCUGCUUUCUGCGGUCUCUACAUUUAUUAUGUUUGUUUGGCAUUACGGUAGCAAGAAGAAGUAUGUAUAUGACCUCCAUAACAAAUUACCCAUGAAGUGGAUUCUCACUCUGGGUUCUGAUCUGGGUAUUAUAAGGGUUCCUGGGAUUGGCCUUAUCUACACCGAGUUAGCUAGCGGUAUCCCAUCUUCAUUUUCCCAUUUCUUAACAAACUUACCGGCAUUCUACCAGGUCAUUGUAUUUGUCUGUACUAAGGUUGUUCCUGUUCCUUAUGUUCCCCAAAAGGAACGGUACCUUAUUGGCCGGAUUGGUCCCAAAUCUUACCGGAUGUACCGCUGCAUCAUUCGAAAUGGUUACAAAGAUGUACAGGAAAAAGAAAAUGAAUAUGAUGUUGAGAAUGCACUUGUCAUGAGCAUAGCAGAGUUCAUCCAACUGGAAGCUGAAGGAUCUCAGAGUAUGGAUGGCUCAGUGGAUGGUAUGAUGGCAGUUGUGAGGACAUCUGAAAAGUUUGGAAAAAGAUUCAUAAUUUCAGAAUCUGAUCGUAAUGCAGAAAGCAGCAGUUCAAGCUCUGCAGCAACUGUGAGCAGCAGUAGGUCAGCUGCAUUGCGGAAAUUACAAUCCAUGUACGAACAAGAGUCGCCCCAACUCAGACACAGGCGGCGGAUCCACUUAAAGCUUACAGAUACUAUAUACAAGGAUUCACAGGUGAAAGACGAGCUGCAGGGGCUUCUGGAAGCAAAGCUUGCCGGAGUAGCAUAUGUGAUGGGUCACUCGCGUAUCAAGGCAAAAUGGAGUUCCCCAUUUAUGAAGAGACUUCUGAUCAAUAUCGUCUACUCAUUCUUGCGGAAAAACUGCCGUUCUCCUGCUGUGAUCUUGGAUAUUCCUCAUAUCUCAUUAAUUGAGGUUGGCAUGAACUAUACUUUAUAGAUCAAGCAGGUCUGCUUGCCAAAUAAUAGUCUAAAAGAAUAAAACACAGAAAACAAUUUUUUUCUUUCUGAUAAAUGUAAAUCAUUAAGUUGAGUCUAUUGCAGUAUUAGCAGAAAGUUAAUGUUUGGAUUUUAAAAAUGCCUAGUUUGCUACUCAUGUUAGAGGAAUUUCAUAAUUCUUUCAUAUCUUGUCAAGUAAUUCUGUAUAUAUUAAUGUCAAAAUGGGUACAAUUUUAUUCAUUUUCAAUUGAAUUGAUGCAACAAUUUCAACUCUA